CUGAUUCUGCUGGAUGGAGUGUUUUGCUUUGACCGUUCAUUAUUUCAUGUAGCCAUUUCUGGUUAGCAACAUUAAAGAGUACCGUAGCGGCAGUCAUCGACAACUGUAAGGACAUAUUAUGGCACAGGCAGCGACGGCGAAUACCUUUGACGCAAAUAACUCUCCAAUCCAGGUGGAGCACGAUAAAAAGCGUCGGCAGUUUGUCAUACGACUGAAUGGAUCUCACGACCGCGCAGUUCUUCUGUAUGAAUAUGUUGGGAAGAAAACGGUGGACUUACAACAUACUGAAGUCCCAGAUGCUUACAGGGGAAGAGGAAUUGCCAAGCAUCUGGCCAAGGCUGCCAUGGAUUUCGUGGUGGAAGAGGAUCUAAAAGCCCACUUGACCUGCUGGUACAUUCAGAAAUAUGUGAAAGAGAAUCCUCAGCCUCAGUACUUUGAACAUAUUUACCAAUGAUACUGCACUGGAAGAGGGGGGAUGUGCAGACAGAGACUCCCAGGAGAGAAACAUUGCAGCAUGCUUUGGAGUUAGAGGCUGAUAUACAACAAAGGACCUUCCAGGCAUUGUUAAAAAUGACACUGAAUGAAUCCAGAGGCGACCGAUCCCACGGAAAGAUUUCCGUGAUCUGAGUGCUGGGUCGACUGGCCAGUUAUGUCCAAAACACAGGAGAUGCACAGUCACUGAAAACAGGAAAUGAAUCAGCAGGUCGCGACUUGUAAAAACAUAAGCAAAUAAAACCAACCAAAGCUGAAGCCUGGUACCUCAGACAGACACAAACCUUCAGGAUGGAUCAUCAUCGCUGACCAGAAACAAGGGUUUGGAACGUACCAUGAGCAGACGAAAGCUUUUGUUGACCAGGUGGUUUUUCUCUGUGAUGGUCUGGAUGGAAGCACUUCCUUUUAAAGAAACUCAAAAGGCACUUAUAUUUCACUUGAUAAUCACUUGCGUUUUUUAAAAUUACUUUUCCUCUCCUCUCUUAGAAGUCGUGUGCUAGUUUAAUAUGGUAUGAAAGAUAAACACAUCUAUAAAACAUUGAAUUAAUUAGUAAAGAUGAAAUAACCAAGGUAGAGACGUAUAGGUAUACAUUUGGUGGACAACAGGUAAUAUAUAGCCUACAUGAUGAUCUUAUUUUGAAUUUAAUUUCCUAACCUCUUUAUUUUAGAAUAGAUUUGGUUUCAUUAUCAGUUACAUUUUUCCCAGAAACUGGAAUUGACUGCCCAUUAUUGUAGAGUCAAACAGAUCCAUACUCAGAACCAAAGAACAACAACUGGAGACGUCAAACUAAAGUGUAGUCUUGUCCCAGCUUCAAGACAACACUUACUUUCUCCAUUUUGUUUAAAUAUGUGAAAUAUUGGUUUUGGAGUCUGUAAUGGUGUGGUAUCUCUAAUGAUUUAGAUAAAAUCUCUGCUCAAACCAGCAUUUGGAAAACAGUACUCUUAUAUUCAGGGCAUUUUACUCUGGUGUCUGCUGUCCUUUGUUCUGUUCAUUAGGAAAAUAAGCCUGAAUGGCUAAAGGGUGUACUCUAGCUUUUACUGAAUCUUGGUUCUUUUUAUACCUCUACCAACAAAGCUUCUUUAGCCAUCUAUUGUCUAAAUGAUAAAGGCACUUACAUGAAAAAAACUGAACCGUGUUUUACUGUUUUUCCUUAUUUGGCUCUUAACGAGAUUCUGCUGUUGACAAUCUUUAUGUGUUGAGGAGUAAAAUACCUCAGGUUACUCAACAUACUCUGGCAGGAAAAGACAUCAGGAAAAGCAGACUGUUUUAAGUAUCCAAAUUAAUUGAAAAAUCCUUGCUCCAUUUGUUCUUUCUUGAGGGUGGCAUAUACUUUUUAAUGAUUUAAGAGAUGUUUUUCUUCCUGUGAAAUGCCUGAUUUAAUAGCUCUGAUCAGGUCUAUCAAUGCAACUGUACUGGUUCUUGUUACAUUGUUUUGUGCUUGACAUUUUUUUUUUUCUUUUGCCAUUCUUGUCUAUAAAUAAACAAUUCACCCACUUAUCA